AUGGAUGAUGCUGGAGGUUCCAAAUUGGGUGGAAUUAAGCAGAUUGUGAGAUUGAAGGAAAUGUUUCAAAAGUGGCAAACUGUGAGUCUGGGCUCAAAAGAGUCAAACAAUGAUUCUGAUGUGGCUCAUCCAGGGGGCAUUCCACCAAUGGUUAGCAAAAGGUUAACAAAUGUUGUGUAUUGUGACUCUGAUGAGGAUAGCUGCUACAGCCCUCAACCACCACAUGAUGUUCCCAAAGGGUACUUAGCUGUCUAUGUUGGCCCUGAGCUUCGGAGGUUUAUCAUCCCCACAAGCUACCUUAGCCACUCUUUGUUCAAGGUUUUGUUGGAAAAGGCUGCAGAGGAAUUUGGGUUUGAUCAGAGUGGUGGACUCACGAUUCCAUGUGAAAUUGAGACCUUUAAAUACCUCUUGAAUUGCAUGGAGAACCAGGAUGACAGCUCCGCAGGAAACACAGGAACUGUGGAAGAAUAA